AGUGCGUCGAGCUCGCCGGGGACCCAAGAUGGCGGCGUGUGGACGUGUACCGAGGAUGUUCCGCUUGUCGGCGAUGCUGCAGUUGCUGCUGCUCGCCGCGGCCGGGGCCGAGAAACUCCUGGGCCAGGGCGUCCACAGCCAGGGCCAGGGCCCCGGAGCCAACUUCGUGUCCUUCGUAGGGCAGGCUGGAGGCGGCGGCCCGGCGGGUCAGCAGCUGCCCCAGCUGCCUCAGUCAUCGCAGCUCCAGCAGCAGCAGCAGCAGCAGCAACAGCAACAGCAACAGCAACAGCAGCAGCAGCAGCAGCAGCAGCAACAGCAACAGCAACAGCAACAACAGCAGCAGCCUCAGCCGCCGCAGCCGCCUUUCCCGGCGGGUGGGCCUCCGGCCCGGCGGGGUGGAGCGGGAGCUGGCGGGGGCUGGAAGCUGGCGGAAGAAGAGUCUUGCAGGGAGGACGUCACCCGCGUGUGCCCCAAGCACACCUGGAGCAACAACUUGGCGGUGCUCGAGUGCCUGCAGGAUGUGAGGGAGCCUGAAAAUGAAAUUUCUUCAGACUGCAAUCAUUUGUUGUGGAAUUAUAAGCUGAACCUAACUACAGAUCCCAAAUUUGAAUCUGUGGCCAGAGAGGUUUGCAAAUCUACCAUAACAGAGAUUAAAGAAUGUGCUGAUGAACCAGUUGGAAAAGGGUACAUGGUUUCCUGCUUAGUGGAUCACCGAGGCAACAUCACUGAGUAUCAGUGUCACCAAUACAUUACCAAGAUGACGGCCAUCAUUUUUAGUGAUUACCGUUUAAUCUGUGGCUUUAUGGAUGACUGCAAAAAUGACAUCAACAUCCUGAAAUGCGGCAGUAUUCGGCUUGGAGAAAAGGAUGCACAUUCACAAGGUGAGGUGGUAUCAUGCUUGGAGAAAGGCCUGGUGAAAGAAGCAGAAGAAAGAGAACCCAAGAUUCAAGUUUCUGAACUCUGCAAGAAAGCCAUUCUCCGGGUGGCUGAGCUGUCCUCGGAUGACUUUCAUUUAGACCGGCAUUUAUAUUUUGCUUGCCGAGAUGAUCGGGAGCGUUUUUGUGAAAACACACAGGCUGGUGAGGGCAGAGUGUACAAGUGCCUCUUUAAUCAUAAAUUUGAAGAAUCCAUGAGUGAAAAGUGUCGAGAAGCACUCACAACCCGCCAAAAGCUGAUUGCCCAGGAUUAUAAAGUCAGUUAUUCACUGGCCAAAUCCUGUAAAAGUGACUUGAAGAAAUACCGGUGCAAUGUGGAAAACCUUCCGCGAUCCCGUGAAGCCAGGCUAUCCUACCUGCUCAUGUGCCUGGAGUCAGCUGUACACAGAGGGCGACAAGUGAGCAGUGAGUGCCAGGGGGAGAUGUUGGAUUACCGACGCAUGUUGAUGGAAGACUUUUCUCUGAGCCCUGAGAUCAUCCUAAGCUGUCGGGGGGAGAUUGAACACCAUUGUUCCGGAUUACAUCGAAAAGGACGGACCCUACACUGUCUGAUGAAAGUAGUUCGGGGGGAGAAGGGGAACCUUGGAAUGAACUGCCAGCAGGCGCUUCAGACACUGAUUCAGGAGACUGACCCUGGUGCAGAUUAUCGCAUUGAUCGAGCUUUGAAUGAAGCUUGUGAAUCUGUAAUCCAGACAGCCUGCAAACACAUAAGAUCCGGAGACCCAAUGAUUUUGUCAUGCUUGAUGGAACAUUUAUACACAGAGAAGAUGGUGGAAGAUUGUGAACACCGUCUCUUAGAGCUGCAGUAUUUCAUCUCCCGGGAUUGGAAGCUGGACCCUGUCCUAUACCGCAAGUGUCAGGGAGAUGCUUCUCGUCUUUGCCACACCCACGGUUGGAAUGAGACCAGUGAACUUAUGCCUCCUGGAGCUGUGUUCUCUUGUUUAUACAGACACGCCUACCGCACUGAGGAACAGGGAAGGAGGCUCUCACGGGAGUGCCGAGCUGAAGUCCAAAGGAUCCUACACCAGCGUGCCAUGGAUGUCAAGCUGGAUCCUGCCCUCCAGGAUAAGUGCCUGAUUGAUCUGGGAAAAUGGUGCAGUGAGAAAACAGAGACUGGACAGGAGCUUGAGUGCCUCCAGGACCAUCUGGAUGACUUGGUGGUGGAGUGCAGGGAUAUAGUUGGCAACCUCACCGAGUUAGAAUCAGAGGAUAUUCAAAUAGAAGCCUUGCUGAUGAGAGCCUGUGAGCCCAUAAUUCAGAACUUUUGCCACGAUGUGGCAGAUAACCAGAUAGACUCUGGGGACCUGAUGGAGUGUCUGAUACAGAACAAACACCAGAAGGACAUGAAUGAGAAGUGUGCCAUUGGAGUCACCCACUUCCAGCUGGUGCAGAUGAAGGAUUUUCGGUUUUCUUACAAGUUUAAAAUGGCCUGCAAGGAGGAUGUGUUGAAGCUUUGCCCAAACAUAAAAAAGAAGGUGGACGUGGUAAUCUGCCUGAGCACAACCGUGCGAAACGACACUCUGCAGGAAGCCAAGGAGCACAGGGUGUCCCUGAAGUGCCGCAGGCAGCUCCGCGUGGAGGAGCUGGAGAUGACAGAGGACAUCCGCCUGGAGCCAGAUCUGUAUGAAGCCUGCAAGAGUGACAUCAAAAACUACUGUUCCACUGUGCAGUAUGGCAAUGCUCAGAUUAUUGAAUGUCUGAAAGAAAACAAGAAGCAACUCAGUACCCGCUGCCACCAGAAAGUAUUUAAGCUACAGGAGACAGAGAUGAUGGACCCAGAGCUAGACUACACCCUCAUGAGGGUCUGCAAGCAGAUGAUAAAGAGGUUCUGUCCAGAAGCAGAUUCUAAAACCAUGUUGCAGUGCUUGAAGCAAAAUAAAAACAGUGAAUUGAUGGAUCCGAAAUGCAAACAAAUGAUAACCAAGCGCCAAAUCACCCAGAACACAGAUUACCGCUUAAACCCCAUGCUAAGAAAAGCCUGUAAAGCUGACAUUCCUAAAUUCUGUCAUGGUAUCCUGACUAAAGCCAAGGAUGAUUCAGAAUUAGAAGGACAAGUCAUCUCCUGCCUCAAGCUGAGAUAUGCUGACCAGCGCCUGUCGUCAGACUGCGAAGACCAGAUCCGGAUCAUUAUCCAGGAGUCCGCCCUGGACUACCGCCUGGAUCCUCAGCUGCAGCUGCACUGCUCAGACGAGAUCUCUAGUCUUUGUGCUGAAGAAGCAGCAGCCCAAGAGCAGACAGGUCAGGUGGAGGAGUGCCUUAAGGUCAACCUGCUCAAGAUCAAAACAGAAUUGUGUAAAAAGGAAGUGUUAAACAUGCUGAAGGAAAGCAAAGCAGACAUCUUCGUUGACCCAGUUCUUCAUACAGCUUGUGCCCUGGACAUUAAACACCACUGUGCAGCCAUCACCCCUGGCCGCGGGCGUCAAAUGUCCUGUCUCAUGGAAGCACUGGAGGAUAAGCGGGUGAGGCUACAACCUGAGUGCAAAAAACGCCUCAAUGACCGGAUUGAAAUGUGGAGUUAUGCAGCAAAGGUGGCCCCAGCAGAUGGCUUCUCUGAUCUUGCCAUGCAAGUAAUGACAUCUCCAUCUAAGAACUACAUUCUCUCUGUGAUCAGUGGGAGCAUCUGUAUAUUGUUCCUGAUUGGCCUGAUGUGUGGACGGAUCACCAAGCGAGUGACACGAGAGCUCAAGGACAGGCUACAAUACCGGUCAGAGACAAUGGCUUAUAAAGGUUUAGUGUGGUCUCAGGAUGUGACUGGUAGUCCAGCCUGACCUUUCUACACACUCCAGACAAACUUCCCAGACAAGCUCCUUUGUGCCUCCGCGUGGAGAGGGUGUGGAAAGUUAUCACAUUAAAAGAUGGAGGAUUUGCUCCGUU